AUGGAUAGCGCUAGCAGGAACGAGGCCAACGCGCCGCCCAACGACACCGAUGCCGAUGCCGAAUUCAACUCUUCCGAUUAUACGCACAGCCAUCUGGAUCCUUCGCUCGGUCCGGGAGAGCACGACGCCAGCUCGACGGCGGCGGCCGCACCGCAGGCCGACUCGACCGAGUCCACCGAGACCAGCGAGCCUGCCGCGGCCGCAGCGGCACACGCAGGCGAUGUGGGCCACGCCAAAGCCAUGGAGGCGGUCAUGCAGCUCGCCCAGGCGGCGUCGCAGCAGCAGCAAUACGAUCAGCAGCACGUUGAUGCUGACAGCGCCGCCGACAACACUCAAGACACCGCCGAGAAACGGGGCGAGAAACGCCGCCCUUCGCACAGCAGCUCCACCGGUCGCGGCGGCAAGACGGCGCGCCACGACGAGUCGCACGUUGCUGCAGCUGCCGCCGCUGCCGCCGCCGCCGCAGCAGCAGGAGGCGACUCGAAUCUGCCCUUUCUCGAGUCGUGGUCCGAUGGCAACAUCCCCGCCGAGAUUCAGAAGGCGUAUCAGCAGCACCUCGCGCACGGCUUUGGCGCGUCGGACGAGCCUGCAUCUGCGUCGUCGAGUCCGGGGAAACCUGGGCGGCAGCUCUCGACGUCGAAGCGUGCGGCGCAGAAUCGGGCUGCGCAGCGCGCGUUUCGCGAGCGCAGGGACAAGUACGUCCGCGUGCUCGAGAGCAAGGCGGCCCGUCUCGAGACGGCGGUACGCAUCGCGACCGAGUGCAAAAGGCGAUACGCCGAUGCGGUCCAGACCAUCGAUGGGCUGAGGCUCGACAACCAUACUCUGCGCGUCGCACUCGCCGCUCUGAGUGGGACGUCGGUGGAUGUACCCGCACCGUCGGGCAAGGCGGACGAACUCAUCGCCGCUCUGCCCGAGAUCCCGCAAGUGACAACGCAGGAGGAGGAGAGCAUUCUACAGGGAGCACAGAGUCAGCUUUCGCAGGGCGCACAGAACUUGGACUCGCUCAGCACCGUCGCCGCUGCAGCUGCUGCGGCUGGUCAGGAGGAGAAGAGUGCAAGUGCACCCGUGAGUCUGCCCCCCGUGCCCUCGGCGCAGCAGCCAGCCGGCGACAAUUCCACCGAGACCGAAGUAGCCACGCCGCCGACACAACCCGCUGCGACCCAGUCUACAUAG